UUAUGAUGUCAUCACGUACACUCUAAACAUACGUGUCAAGCUACGGUGACGAACAACAGACGGAGCAACAGUCGAAAGUGGAUUUAUAGAAAGGCCUUUUCGCCCGUCUUGCCUCAUUUCUACGUGGGUGAACCUGUCCUGUGGGAAAGCCAAGAUGAACGUGUUUGACCGCAACAUCAACUUUGAUGCCCUUUUUAAGUUCUCUCAGAUCUCUCGUAAUACACAGCAGCAUCUGAAGAAUGUGUACUCCUGUCUGGCCGUGUGCAUGUUUGUGGCGGCAGCUGGAGCCUAUGUGCACGUCGUCACCAGGAUCUUCCAGGCUGGCAUCCUGUCCAUGCUGGGAUCGCUGGCAUUGAUUGGCUGGCUGGCCAUAACUCCCCACACGCCGCAGACCGAGCAGAAGAGACUGGCCAUCCUGGCCGGCUUCGCCUUCUUAACAGGAGUUGGUCUUGGACCUGCUAUGGAUUAUGUCAUCACCAUUAACCCAAGCAUCAUUGUCACAGCCUUCCUGGGCACCUCUAUGAUCUUCCUCUGCUUCACCCUGAGUGCUCUGUAUGCCCAGCGCAGAAGCUACCUGUUCCUGGGAGGCUCUCUGAUGUCUGGCCUGUCCAUUCUUCUGAUGGUGUCCUUCCUCAACAUGUUCUUGGGCUCAGUCAUGCUUUUCAAGGCCCAUGUGUACCUAGGCCUGGCCAUCAUGUGUGGAUUCGUGCUCUUCGACACUCAACUCAUCAUCGAGAAAGCUGAGAUGGGAGACAAGGAUUACAUCUGGCACUGUGUGGAUCUGUUCCUGGACUUUGUGACCAUCUUUAGGAAGCUCAUGGUCAUCCUGGCAAUGAAUGAGAAGGACAAAAAGAAGGAGAAGAAGUAGACAUCACUGGAAUCAAGGCCACCUGUGAGCCGACAUGGCAUCAGAGACCACUGCUGGUGCAGUCACUUAACUGCUUCAUUAUGAGUUUCAUUCUUCUGAAUUACUUCAAUAUAGUGUCUUAAUUAUUAUUAUUAUUGUUAUUGUUAUUAUUAUUCAUAUUAUUAUUAUUAUUAUUAUUAUUAUCAGUGAUAAGAUUUGGGUUUGAGCUUUAGGCUGAGGUUGAUGACUUUGAGAUUAGAUGUAAUGAUGUGAAAAGGUCCCUGUGUUGUAGCAUUUUAAAGUUGUUUUUGAAGGGAUGGUGUAAAUGAUGAUGUGAACUAAAGCAAAAUUAUUUGGGUAGUGGAAGUACUACUACCAUUAUUACUACUACUACUACUAAUGUCGUUUCCCCCGAGGAGUUAUAUUUUAUGAGACCUCUGAGGGGAAACACAAACAGAACGGUUUUGCUCUUAACAUCUAAAUGCCUCUAUUUAAUCCUAACCUUGAGUAGGACAACGAUGCCUCAAAUCAUAUUUUAAACAUCUCUUUUUUUGUAUAGCAGGAUCCUAAAAACCAACACCUUAAUCAGUUAGUAUAGUUAGAGGCCUCUGUUUGUUGUUUGCCACUGUAUAUAACAUCAAGGACACAUCUGACCACAUUUUGGUGACUCCCAAUAUUGUAGGUAAUCAGUUGCCAUCCAUCCUUACCAAUCCAACUUAAAUAUUAUCAGCACACUCCCAAAACGAAUGUGUUGAAUAUAACACAAUUCUAUGUUCAGGUAUGGACAACACUGUUUGUGUUGUUUCUAACACAUUCAUUUUAAGAGUGCAAUCUCGUCUAACUAUUUGCUUGACCAAAAUGUCUCAAACAGUGAAUUCUAUGAUACAUAAUGAAGGACAUUAACCCUUUGUUGCCAUGUGUUGUUAAUAUCAUUAUUCCUAAUUGUAACCAACUUAAGAUAACCUUUUUUUCAGCCAGAAAUAUAUAUUUUUACAGCUUUACAGAUCAGUUCAUAACCCAUAGGUUUCACAGGCUGCUUUAGUAUCUGUCCAUUUUGCCACUGCUGUCUGCAUCACCUUCAUGGCUUAAUUACGGAAAAGACAUUCUAUUUGUUGCUACUUAUGCCCCCUUCAAAUCACUGAGCACCGUGUGAGUGUUCCAAUCCCUCAACAGUGCAUUGGGCUCAAAGUUAGAGUCAGACAAACAAUACAAAUGGCACCCCUGCCAACAGUUGGACUAUAUUAACUAUAUUGAUUACACGUAAUUGCAAGCACAUAGGGUUAUCAAAUUAGCUAAAUCUAUUGAAAUGUCAGUGAUUUAUUUUUUUUCUUUUGUUUGUUUGUUUUGUUUAAAUUUUCUGGACUUUCUUAUGUCUGUGGUUAUUGUGAAAAUUUCCAUUGGUGUAGUCCACAAUGCUGUAGAGGAAGUGAUGUAAAUGACAAAGCGUUUUUCGAAAAAUGUAAUAUUUUUCCAGAUGUUUAUUUUGCUGUGCUUCUGUAUCUUAUUUAGAAAUUAAUUUCUACUUCUGAUUUGGAUGGUGUGGAAAGAAAAUUGAACACAUUUGAAUUCUGUAAUAAUACGUAUGUUAUGUAUUCUGGGUAUAUCAAAAAUAAUAUCCUACAUCUCAUUCUUUUUAUGUUCAGUAUAAAAUGUUGUACACUUUUGAUCUUGGUAGAAAACAUAUGGCAAAGGUCUGCCCAAGUCAAGGAUCUUUAUUUUUCUUUCUGAUUUGCACCAUAACUCUGGUAGGAAACAAGUUUGUUGACAUCUUUGCCCAUCUGGUUGCCCUUCAUGAUUGGUCAAGUGGCUCCAUUAUUAUGAUCCUGUAAAUUUGAUCAACUAUUUGACUCAUUUGAGAUUUGCUCGACCACCACUGCACUUCUUGCUACACAGAGGUGCUAAAGCAUUAGUCGCCACAGCUGUUUCCAUUUUUAUUUUGUGGGUUGUAAAGUUUAUCUGCAAAUCAUUUUUGAUAACAACCCAACUCGGCCCUAUUUCUCCACUCAGUAGACAUCAGUGACUGUCUCAUUCAGAAGGCUUUAUUUUCUUAGAAAGUGCCAAGUACAACAUAGGUUUACUGAAUCAUCAGCAAAUUACUAAUGAACUGUAGAGUCAACUUUCAGUGAACAAGGCAUAUCUUAAACUGUGAAGAUAAUCCUUAUUAAUUGUUAUUUUAUUUGCUUUUCCAGGGAUUGCUGUUGUAAUUCAGAUAAAUUAAUGUAAGAAUUAAACAUUUGUUAAAAUAAACUUUGAUUACAUGA